ACGCGCUGCAUUGUGGGUAUGGUUAGCGGAAGUACGCAAGUCGUGGUGGAAGCCCAAGGUGGAGUCGUGUUUUGGAUGUAAACUCGGGGGUUUUUAAACUUUAAAAGUGUAAGUUUGGAGGAAUGCGGGGCGAAGAGUCGUCCGAUUCUGAGUCGGGGAGGAUGGAGGAGAGUUCGGUCCGGAGGAGUCUGGAGACGUUGUGUCAGGAGCUGAACAUGGACGAGCAGACUGCCACAGAAACCAUGGAGAACUUCACGGCCAUCUGGAACACGUACACACUGGAGGGAGAGGUGGUCCACUGGCUGGCCUGUUCACUGUAUGCAGCCUGUAGGAAGGGCUCCACCCCCACAGUGGGGAAAGGCUUGAUGGAGGGGAACUGUGUCUCCCUCACCAGGAUCCUCCGCACCGCCAAACUCAGUCUGAUCCAGUUCUUCUCUAAGAUGAGGAAGUGGGCCGACAUGGCCAGCCUCUCCCAGAACUUCAGGCUGCGCAUGGAGCGGCUGGAGCGCAACUUUGAGGUUUCUACGGUGAUCUUCCGCAAGUUUGAGCCCAUCUUCAUGGACAUGUUUCAGAACCCGCAGGGAGGGGAGCCGCCACGGCAACCGCGCAGCAGGAAGCACAGGAGACUGCCGUGUCACAUCAGCGAUGUGUUCAAGUUCUGUUGGACUCUGUUUGUCUACACCAAAGGUAACUUCAGUAUGAUUGGAGAUGACCUGGUUAACUCGUACCACCUUCUGCUUUGCUGUCUGGACCUGGUGUUUGGAAACGCUCUGCUCUGCUCCAACAGGAAGGACCUCAUCAACCCCACAUUCAGAGGUCUGCCGGCCCUGUACCGCGCUGACGGCCACGUUUCAGCGGACGAGCCUCCCCCGUGUGUGUUGGAGAGGUUGUGUGAGCUGCACGACGGGCUGGUGGUGGAGGCCAAAGGCAUCAAGCAGCACUACUUCAAACCCUACAUACAGAAACUGUACCAGAAGCAGAUCCUGAAAGGCAACGAGGUGCAUUUGACAGAACUGUUGGAUCCUCAGAGCUUCCUUGAUAACAAUAAAGCCAUAAACAGGGAGUAUGAGGAGUACGUGUUGACCGUGGGGGAUUUUGAUGAGCGGGUGUUUCUGGGAGCCGAUGCCGACGAGGAAAUCGGGACUCCGAGGAAGAUUGUUCAGGAGUCUUCUGCCAGCCAGACGAACGCUCAGAGCCAGCUGCAACAACAUGUAGAGAAGUCGGGCUCUCUCGCUCCCUCCACCCCUCUGACGGGGCGAGUCUACCUGAAGGAGAAGGACCUGCUGGUCACGCCCGUCUCCUCGGCGACGCAGAGUGUCAGCCGGCUGCAGAGCAUGGUGGCCGGGUUGAGGGCGGCCCCCAGUGAAAACCUGCUUCACAUCUUCAAGUCUUGCUCCAGAAAUCCCACAGAGUCCAUACAGAGCAGAGUCAAGACACUGGGACAAACCUUCAAAGAACAUUACACCAACGACUCAGAGGACAUGCCCGGCUCUCAUAUAGACUUUGCAGAGAACCGUCUAAAGCUGGCUGAGAUCCUCUACUACAAGAUCCUGGAGAACGUCAUGGUGCAGGAGACCAAACGGCUGCAAGGCAAAGACAUGAGUGUGUUAUUGGAGCAGGAUAUCUUCCACUGCUCCCUGAUGGCAUGUUGUCUGGAGGUGGUGUUGUUCUCCUACAGCUCCCAGAGAACCUUCCCCUGGAUCAUCAACAUCUUCAAGCUGACCCCAUUCUACUUUUUUAAGGUGAUCGAGGUGUUUAUCCGCUCAGAGGAAGGCCUGUCCAGAGACAUGGUGAAGCACCUGAACCUGAUCGAGGAGCAGGUUCUGGAGAGCAGAGCGUGGAGCGCAGACUCUGCCCUGUGGAGCGUCUUGCAGGCUGCUGGGAACAAGGUCCCCACCGUGGAGGAGGUAAAUUUUUCCUCCAGUCUGGACUCUGGUUCUGGUUCUACUAGCGGAGGUCAGUCCCACCUGCCUCUAGUUGCCCUCUCCCCCAUCAUCCACCCCCGCAUCAGGGAGUUCAGAUCAGGCCUGGGCAGCGCACGCAAAGAUGUGCCUCCCUCCCCGCUUUCGGUCCAUGACAGGUACAGCUCCCCGGCAGCUGGCAGCGCUAAACGCCGGCUCUUUGGUGACGACCCUCCAGCCCGAACCCCAGGGGUGGUCCCCAUCGGGAGCCCCAUGACGUCACCGGCCAAAAGGUUGACUUACGGCUCAAGCGGCACCCUGAGGAUCGGACCUCAGGGCGCCCCUGCCACCGUCCUCAGUUUCCCACUGCAAGGUUUGAAUAACGACCGUACUAUCACACUGAUCCCGGUUCAGCCGUGCGACUCCUCUGGAACCAUCACGGCUCAGUUCCUGCUGACCGCCUCGCCGAGCCGCGCCACCAUCGCCUCUGCAGCUCCCCCAGCCCCCGAGCCCCAGGCAGGCAUCAGCCGGCCGCGACGUACCGGCUCACUCGCUCUCUUCUUCAGGAAGGUGUACCACCUGGCCAGCGUACGUCUGAGGGACCUGUGUGUGAGGUUGGACGUCUCGUCGGAGCUGCGAGGGAAAAUCUGGACGUGCUUUGAGCACGCUCUGGUGCACUGCACUGGUCUGAUGCGGGACCGACACAUCGACCAGCUGCUGCUGUGCAGCGUCUACAUCGUAUCCAAAAUCACCAAAGAGGCGGUCACCUUCCAUGACAUCAUGAAGUGUUAUCGCAGCCAACCACAGGCCAGCAGCCAUGUGUACCGCAGUGUGUUACUGCGCUGCACUCCCAUGGAGCAGGUGACCGAUGAGAACAUGGAGGUGGAUCCUGUCUCAGGCGGCGAAUCUGCAGAGAAACCCAAUCCGGUCUCAGGAGAAGCAAAUUCAGACCAAUCAGGGGAGGAGGAGCGGGGCGACCUCAUCCAGUUCUACAACAACGUCUACGUCCUGAAGAUGAAAGGUUUCGCUCUGCGUUACGCCACCCACGAUAACCGGACGGACGCCCCUCCUCUCUCUCCGUUCCCGUCGGUUCGGGCUCAGCCUCUCUCUCCUCGUCGGGUUUCUCAGAGACACUCGCUGUACGUCUCCCCCCACAAGAACUCUGCAGGCUGCCUCACCCCCAACUCCUACACCUACAGGAUCAACAGCAGCCCGUCCAAGGAGUUAUCCGACAUCAACCGGAUGAUGCAGGGCUCGGUGAGCCGGAAGAGGGCCUUCACCAUGGAGGGGGACGUGAUGAUGUCAUCCGGCGUGGACUCCCCCAGUAAGAGGGCGUGUCCAGAGAACGGCAGCAGCCCACGUGCUGGAGAGGUGCCGGACGUCGUGUCGGAGCGCCAGAGCCACUGACGGGCCGCCAGGCGC